CUGUCACAUGCUUAAUAUCUGCUGUUAGAAGGACAAUUUGGAGAAGUUUGAAUCCAUUUGAAAUGCUAAGAAAGCUUCUAUGGCUUGUCUAUGGAGAUUCCUCUGUUUCUUUCCCAUCAAGCUUACACCAAAUCCAUGUCCUCCCACUGUAAAAAUGGAAGUUGAGAAGACAAGGAGACAAUGAAACAGCAAUAUAAUAUUAUUUUAAGGUUUUUAUCAGAAGGAGAAAACAGAGGAUUUCUUCUUAUUAAGGAGCAAACCAGACGCUGCUCUUCAGUUUAAGAGAGGCUUAUGAAUGGUUUGGUUAUGCUCUCUUCUUACUAUGAUGCUUGAGAUUACUUGAGGGAGGAGAUGGGAAAGACAAGCAAAUGGCUUAGGAACUUUCUGGCAGGGAAGAAGGAUAAAGAGAAGGAAAAAUGCCCAAGUAAUCAGAAUUUUUCCACUCCUUCGUCCGAGUAUCCAGCCACCCCGAUAUCGAUUCGCCACAAUCCUAAGGAGAAAAGGCGAUGGAGCUUUCGACGAUCAUCAGCUGCAGCCAUGGCGCCGAGAGAUUCAUAUUCGUACCCUCUUGAGAUGGUUGCCACAACAGUACCUUUAGCUCAGGCUGCAAUGGAUGUAGAUUAUGAGGAGAAAAGGCAAGCCUUGGCCAUGGCAGCAGCAAAAGCUGCAGCCACUGCAAUCUGGCUAACUGAAGUAGACAAUGUGAAAGCUACUGCAAUUGAGGAGACUGCUGCCAUCAAGAUUCAGUCAGUUUUCCGUUCUUAUUUGGCAAGAAAAGCACUCCGGGCAUUGAGAGGAUUGGUGAAGUUGCAAGCUUUGGCUAGGGGUCAUUUGGUAAGAAAACAGGCCAAGGCCACUCUCCGGUGCAUGCAAGCAUUGAUCACGGCUCAGGCUCGAGCUCGGGCACAGCGGAUCAGGAUGAUCGAAGGGACAAAACAUUUAUAUCAAUGGCAAUCAAUCCUUGUAAAAUCGGUUAAGGAAGAUCAUAUCAGUCAUAUAGAUCAUGCUGCUGAGGAGAACAUUAAGAUUGUGGAGAUGGAUCAUGGAGGGUACAAAAGAAGCUCAAAGAACAGAACAAGCUAUGUUGCAGACCAACAACAUGAAUUUAGGCUUUUGACGAAUUGUGUCUCGCCCAUCCCGUCAUCUCUAACCGACAUCAGCGCACAAGGAAGCAGUCGCCAUUUUGAGGACUACUCCGUCUGCACUGCACAAAGCAGCCCACAAGAUCACUCAGCCGUUUCCAAACCCAAUCCAUCCAGAACUCCCUUUGCUUUCCCCACACCAGAAUGUGUGCAGUCUCUGUCCUUUGAGUAUCCAAUGUUCCCAAGUUACAUGGCCAAUACAGAAUCUUCAAGAGCCAAAGUCCGAUCACAGAGCGCGCCCAAGACGAGGCCCGAAUCGUUCGAGAGACAGUCAAGCAGAAGGAAGGCAUCAGCUGAGGGAAAGAACGUCCAGAAGCCCGUGCGGAUGCAGCGAUCGUCGUCUCUUGUUGGCUGUGAUGCACAAGACUUGCAGUAUCCAUUGUUGAUGAAGCUUGACAAGUCCACAAGUUCACUCAAUGAUAGUGAAUGUGGUUCCACUAGCACAGUGCUCACAAAUACCAACUACAGAUCUCUUGUUGCAUGUGAAGGUUAUGGAAACAGGUACUAUUAAGCCAUUCAUCAUGGUACCGCCCGAAAUUGGAAGAGUUCUGCAGCAGAUGAAUAGCAGGAGGAUAGAUUCAAAUGAGUUUUGUUAUAGAUUUGAUGGUUAGGAAUCACUUUCUAUGAUCGCCUGUUAACUUAUUCGUUGUUUUUGUAAAGAAACUGUAGCAGUCCUGAGUUAAUUAUGUCCUUGUUUUAUAGUUCAGUUUACUUCAUGUUAAGAAUAAUGUUCAAAAAAGUGGGGAGACUCCGUCGUCAACAAACGCUCUAUUAUGUCAUCUCUAUUAUGCCAACUUGAACAAACAUCUUUGAUCACAGCUCGAAAUUUCGAAUUCUCAACCCUGCAUAUUGUUGUACUCAA